AUGAUUGGGUUUCCAGAGGUUGAGCCAAAUGUAGUAGCACAUACGGGUGCUAGCUUCUGUCUUGCCAAUGGAACCACCGUGACAGGUGUUGAAGUUCCGUUCAUCACCCUUGGAAAAUCUCCUCUCCGAGCAAAACGCUUCGGAGGUGCUAUGGCAGCUUUUACUAGUGGCGAAGGUUACGAGAUAUCUCAUCUGAUCGACAAUUAUGACUGGGCUUCCCUCAACUCACAAUUUGGUACCAUCGUAGAUGUCGGCGUUCUCAUGUGUUUCUCUACAAAGAACUAG